AUGUUUAGUCGUCGACAGCUUCGCCGUAGUGUACUGGCUGUUUGUUCGUUAUCCGUAUUGUUCGUUAUUUGUUUAACGGUAUUUCGUGAAAAUAUUUUACCAUCAAAAUCUAUAGCAGCUGAUGAAACAUCAUAUCUGCAAAAAACAACUAAUUUACAUUCGCGUCAUCAUCAUCAUCAUGAUCAAAAUUAUCAACAUACAAAAAAACGAAAUAAAUCACAAUAUUCAGUUUUAAAGCCAAAUAGAAUGUUUAUAGAUAUCGAACGAAAUCGAGCCAAUUUAUUACUAUUACCACCAACAACACAAAUACCACAAUCUGUUGAUCAAGUUAAUAAUCAACUACCAUUAGGUCAACAAGUAGCACAAUCACAAAAUAUUAGUUUAAAAUCAUUCCGUGGUGUAAUACAACGACAUCAACUACACAAUGAGAAUCAAUUAUUAAAAUCAAAUCAUAUCAUUAAUGUUGAUACAUUUGAACAAUAUCAACCUCAUCAUUCUCAAUUGCAGUAUCGACAACGACCCCAAAUAAUACCAUCAUCUGACGAAUAUCAACCACCAUUACCAAAGGUUGAUAUUAUAAAUACAACAAAUUUAGAACGUUUUAUUCAUCUUGAUUUAAAAGGUGCCGCACCUAAAAUCAAUUAUUUCAAACAAUUAUUUCCACUUUUAAAACAGUUAGGUGCUACUGGACUCUUAAUUGAAUAUGAAGACAUGUUUCCAUUUAAAGGAAAAUUAAAAUCGAUUGUACACGGAAAACAUUAUACAGAAACAGAUAUUCAACAAUUAUUAGAAACGGCAAAAGAAAAUAAUUUAAAAGUCAUGCCACUAUUACAAACAUAUGGACAUUUGGAAUAUGUAUUAAAAUUAAAAGAAUUUAUGCAUUUGAGAGAAGAUGUACGAUAUCCUCAAGUUAUAACUCCAUGUUUAAAAGAAUCUUACACUGUUCUGUUUGAUAUGUUAGAUCAAAUGCUCAAUCUUCAUCCCGACAUCGAUUAUUUACAUUUGGGUUGUGAUGAAGUCUAUUAUCGAUUAGUACAUCCAGCAUGUCUGAAAUUAAAUUUUAAAGAUGAAUCUGAUCUUUUCAUAAGAAAUAAAUAUAAUAACAGUUUUUCAUAG